GAAGGAGAAUUGUCCAGCAAAGCCCCCAACAAAAUUCUGCUCUUCCUCAGUCAACCGGCGAAGGAGAAUCGUCCAGCAAAGCCCCCAAGCCUCUGAUUUUUCUUCACUCUUGCCGACCUAUUCUUCUUCUUCUUCUUCUUCCCUUCUCAUUCUGUACCGCCCAAAAACAGAACCUCUUCCUCCGUUGGUUUUCUUCUGUUCUGAAUCAAGUUCAUGGCCCGACACCACCAGCUUGCUGUCCAUCCUAGCGAGCCGUUUCCAGACCUUCACGCCGCCAAGUUCCUUCUCACCGUGGGCUUGAGGUGCAACGAAAGGCUUGAGAAGAAUUUUCUGUGGUCCCCUUUCCAUUUCCGAACCGCGCCGCGCCUUAUUCAGCCGUUAAGAUCUUUAGCUAUGCCUAUCCUACCCGCCUCCUCCUCAGUUAACUAUGGGGCCCCGAUCGACUUCUCGGGACACCUGUCAGAGUUCGAGAUUCCUUAUGUCCCUGGGAUAGUGUUCGUGCGAUGUAUCUCAGUAUUGACUGUAGAUGUUGGGCCCCUUGUAGGAUCUAUAUUGUUAGGUUUUUUGGUGGUGUAUGCUCGUGUUGGUGGGCGACUGAUACGGCCCCUACCGUACGGGUCCUAUGACGGGGAUGACGAUGCUUCUAGUGGGGUGGAGUAAGCUGUAGUUGGAGGAUGGGGAGGAUCAUUUUUGGGACAUGUGACCGACACUUUUUGGGAUAGGGUCACGUGAUAGGUGAUACGCUUUUGAUAGAUGAAAUGGUGAGUCUUAUGUUGAUAGCAUAGUGAUGGGAGUAGCACUGUACAGAGCCUCCCCAGUAUGAACUCACCCUUGU